AUGGAUCAAGAUAUAUUCUUUAUUGGAGUAGAUGUGGGAUCUGGAAGUGUCCGUGCAGCCCUUGUUAAUGAAAAGGGAAGUGUAAUAAGAAGUUCUGUAAAAAAUCUUAAAACCUGGAAACUUAAACCUGGUUUUUAUGAACAGUCAUCGGAUGAUGUGUGGCAAUGCUGUGAAUAUGUCAUCAAGGAUAUUCUAACAGGUAUUAAGCCUCAACAAAUAAAGGGAUUAGGAUUUGAUGCAACUUGUUCUUUAGUAGCACUAGAUGGUAAUGGCAACUCUAUAAGUGUAAGUGAAACAGGUAAUAAUGACCAAAAUAUAAUUAUGUGGAUGGAUCACAGGGCACAUGAAGAAGCAAGUUUAAUAAAUAAAACUGGACAUGAAAUACUCAAAUAUGUGGGAGGUAAAGUUAGCUUAGAAAUGGAAAUACCUAAACUACUCUGGUUGAAGAAACAUUUACCUCAAGUAUGGUCAAAGUGUGGAUAUUUCUUUGAUUUACCAGAUUUUCUUACUUGGAAAGCAACUGGUUCACAGACACGGUCAUUAUGUUCAUUGGUGUGUAAAUGGAAUUAUGAAUGUUUAUCAAGUGGUGAACAUGGCUGGAAUGCCAAUUUUUUAAAUGAGGUAGGGCUUGGAGAUUUAGUGGAAAAUGACUUUGUUAAAAUUGGCAAGAAAGUUUUAAUGCCAGGUGAAUUUUGUGGGGGCUUGUUACCUAAUGUUGCAACAUCCUUUGGAUUGCUAGUAAAUACACCAGUAGCGACAUCUAUUAUAGAUGCCCAUGCUGGUGGAUUAGGAAUGAUUGGAACUGUGGGAGAAAACAUUGAUAGUCAAAUGUCAAGUCGUCUUAGCUUAAUUUGUGGUACCUCUACAUGUCAUAUGGCAGUAAAUAAAAAUCCCAUAAUGGUGAAUGGAAUAUGGGGACCAUAUUUUAGUGCAAUGGUGCCUAACAUGUGGUUAAAUGAGGCUGGACAAAGUGCCUCUGGAAUGCUCUUAGAUCAUGUAAUAUCAGGCCAUCCUGCUGGUAUUGAAUUAUUGAAAACAUAUUCCACUGGAAAUCUGCGGAGCCAUUUAAGACAGGUGCUUAGUAAAAUGGCAAAGGACAAAGGUUAUCAAGAUGUAAGUUUACUAACCAGAGAUUUCCACAUGUGGCCAGAUUUUCAUGGAAAUCGAUCUCCACUAGCGGAUCCCACACUAGCUGGAAUGAUUGUGGGGCUGAAAAUUGAUAAUAGUGAAGAAAAUUUAGCACUCCUCUAUUUGGCAACCCUGCAAGCUCUUGCUUAUGGAACAAGACAUAUUAUUGAAGCACUAAUGCAGGCUGGAUAUGAACCAUUUAAAUCACUAUUAAUUUGUGGAGGUUUAGCUAAAGAUCCUCUCUUCAUUCAAAUACAAGCAGACACAGUUGGAUUACCUAUUUUGAAGCCGCUUGAAAAAGAGUCAGUUUUAGUUGGCUCUGCUAUAUUGGGUGCAUGUGCGUCCCAAUACUUUAAUAAUGUUCAAACAGCAAUUCAAAAUAUGGGUGGUAAAUCUCAUGUCAUACAACCUACUUUAAGCAUAAAAUCAUUUCAUGACAAGAAGUUCAAAGUUUUUAUUCAACUGUUUCAAGAUCAGAUAAAGUAUAGAAGCAUAAUGAACUAA